CUGCCAUCCACUGGCUCGUUACGCAGUUGGAUUGUGCCUUGAAGUCCGACUCUCUUAGGCCUAAACUCCGCGCCAUUGCUAAGACUCGCCGCGUGCCUGCCAGGGAAACCAAGAAAAGAACCCACUCCAGAAAAUUUCCGACCUACCCCGCUACGAGACCAAAACACCCCCGAUCCUAGUCCCUCGAUCCCUUCCCAAAACCACGUCUCCCUCUCCCAAUCAACAGAAAGGACAUAAUUAUUAGAGAUGGCCAAUAUGGACACACCCGUGCGCCUUACCGUUCUCAUAUCCGGCAAUGGCUCCAACCUCCAAGCAGUGAUAGACAAGACACAGCAAGGACAACUCUCGACGCAGAUCGUGCGCGUCAUCUCCAACCGCCAGAAUGCGUAUGGUCUCGAGCGGGCUCGACAGGCCAACAUCCCCACGCAAUACCACAACCUGGUGAAAUACAAGAAACAGCACCCUGCUACACCAGAGGGUAUUCAGGCGGCGCGGGAAGAGUACGACGCCGAAUUGGCCCGAUUGGUACUGGCUGACAAGCCGGAAAUGGUGGCUUGUUUGGGAUUCAUGCAUGUUCUGUCGCCGAGGUUCUUGGAGCCGUUGGAGGAAGCUAAGAUUAAUAUCAUUAAUCUGCACCCGGCUCUGCCCGGGGCGUUUAAUGGGGCGAACGCUAUUGAGCGUGCGCAUGCUGCUUGGUUGGAAGGGAAAAUCGAUAAGACGGGUGUUAUGAUCCAUAGAGUUAUUUCGGAGGUGGAUAUGGGGCAGCCCAUUCUGGUCAGAGAAAUUCCGUUUGUGAAGAGGGAGGAUGAGGAUCUGCAUAAGUUUGAGCAGAAGGUGCAUGAGGUUGAGUGGGGAGUGGUCAUUGAGGGGGUGAAGCUUACGAUCCAGGAGGUCAAGGAGAGCAGGUAGAUUUUAUUGCUCUUACGUGAGAGGGGUGUGGCUGGUGGAUCAGUGUUUUUGGCUAUGAGUGAUGAUUGUUACUAACUAUUGGGGUCUAAGAUACCAUAUACUACUACGAAAUGGACUGAGAGGCAUUUAUAAUGUCUGCUGGGUUGAUAAGUCGACUAUUAAAACGCUACUUCAGCAAUGGACGCGCGCUCUUCAUACGAGGGCGUUUGACAUUCCUCAUAUGGUUGUUAGGUUGGGACGGAGUUUUAACCCUCUCUGGGAACUAACUCCCUUGGAUGGAGAGACUCACGAUGAAUGGCUAGAGCAUCCGGCGCCGUCUCGUCUUUUAAUAUAAUGGCACUAUAGUCACCGGAU